UUCGUAUCACUUGAGCUGAGCGGACGAACUUUGUCGGAGCUGCCAGUAGUGACUAAUUACCAAUUUCAAAAUUGAGAUCAAUCAAGAGCCGUCCGCUGCCGAUGGUGGCGAGGCUCAACCGGAGGAAGCUGCUUCAAACGAUACGAUUGCCGUCGAAGAGGCUGUAGGACAACCCGAAGGUGACAGUGACAAGCCUGAUGAUCAUGAACACGCUCACGAUCACGAUCAUGAUCACGACCACAGUCACGAGGAUGAUCAUGAGCAUGAUCAUGACCAUGAACAAGAGCAUGCUCAUGAAACAGAGGAAGAGGAGGAACAGGAGGAGGAAAUAUCCGAAGAGGAUCUACUCCAGCGUCGGCGGGAAGAAUGUGAGCGAAAGGCUCGCCGUGGGGAAAUGGACCCCCGACUGGAGUUUACCUUUCAGCUGCUAAUGGAUGCCACCGGGUUGCCGCGCCAUCAGAUUAUGGAUCACAUUUUCGAGGGAAAUAUGCUGGAUGAGAUCAAUCAGCUCUUUCUACCGAAUAUGAGAAACAAACUGAUGUGGUUCUAUCAGGAGGUAGACGAAGUGGACAUGCCGGUCGAGCGAGACAUCAACAAGCCGGGACCGUCCCGAGCGGGGGCUUCCAGCAGUUCCAAAACCCCGCAGAGUGCAUCUGGUGGUGCCGCGCAAAGACCGCACAAAUUAUUCAUCACAGACGGGUGGAGCUGUGCAUUCACCGGGAUUUGCAUCUACAUGUUCCGCAUCAACAUCCAGAAGCAGUUGCCUGAAGAAGGUUUUCACAAGGAUUUAUAUUGUGGCUACAUCGAUGCGAAUCGCGUCGGUCUGGUAACAUCGAUCGAACGCAUCGUCGAGUAUGUUUUCAUGCAAGCUCUGGCGUAUCCCAACAUCGAAUCCGAAGAUGAGGAGAUGAGUUGUAAUCUGGUGAAAUCGCAGCUGUUACCCGGAUUGCGCUCAUUCUGCAGUGCCCUGCGCGUUUGUGAGCAGGUCUGCAAUCAUUUUAACGUGUUUGAUGAUGGGAAAACAAUCGUCUGCCGGGUCGACACCCUGGCGGAGGUGCGUGAGAUGUCCAAGAGUGCGUCGACGUGUGCCGAGCUGGAGGAGCGUGUCAAUAACUGGAUCAAGGGAAUUGCAAAGAUUUUGAUGGAAAGUGAGCAGCUUAGGAGGGAGAACGAUUCCAGCGGUCCCCAGGACGAGUUGGAAUAUUGGAAGCGCCGCGGGGCGCAGUUCUCCCAGCUGUUAUCACAUCUACAGGAACGUGAGGUUCAGUGGACGUUGUACUGUCUAACACAGUCUGGCUCAAAGGUGUUGAAGCAAUGGAAAGAGACCGACAAAAAAAUUACAUUCUGCUACAACGAAGCACGCGAUAACUCCAAAUUCAUCCAAGCCAUGGAGGCUUGUUGCCAUUCGCUUUAUCUGGACGAUCCCGUCAACAUGAAGGAGUCGAUCGUGAGCCUCCUGCAAACCGUUAGAUUGAUCUAUAGUGUGUCACAAUUCUACAACACUUCUGAGCGCACGUCUACACUGAUGGUGAAGAUCACCAAUCAGAUGAUUGAAACUUGCAAAUCUUACAUCACCUGUAGGGGAAAGGAAACCAUUUGGACUCAGGAUCGGGAUCUAGUACGCACCAAACUCACCAAUUGUUUGAAGUUAAAUCACAUCUAUAGAGAAACUUAUCACGCUGUGAAAUCACAACCUUUCCUUCCCGAUCAGAUUCCGUUUGCUUUCUCGGAAAAUUAUGUAUUUGGAAAAUUUGAUACAUUUUGUGACCGUUUGUCCAAGAUUAUAGCUAUGUUUAAUCUUAUCGAUGAUUAUAACCACUUGUUUGAAAGACGUUUGGAAGGUCUUCUGCUUGGAGAAGCCCUUGAAGAUGCAAUGAACACCUUUGAUGAAGCACGUGUAGAGAUUAUAAUGAAAAAGUAUGAUUACUUAGACCAACGUAACUUAGAUUUCAACAAUGAUUUUCAAAUAUUCAUGCAAAAGACCGAUACGCUGAAAGAGACGAUCGCUUCAAUGAUUGAGCACAAUUUUGACAGUGUGUGGGAAACUCCACAGGGUAUUCGCUUCCUUGUUAGAUUCGAGAAAGUUAGCGAAAAGAUUCCCCUCAGUACCAUGGACGAAAAGUAUCAACGGGUGUCUAAGUACUGCGAAAAAGAAAUCGAUCGUAUCUUGAAACUUUUCCGAAAGCAGCGCGACGAUCCGCCGCUUCCACGUAACUUUCCCCCGAUCGCCGGACGUAUCAAAUGGUGUCGUUCGUUGGAGUACCACCUGAAUGAGCUGGUAACCACCGUUACAACACAUUCGGUGUUGGCGCAACUUCCGUCGACCAAGGACAUCGAAAAUCGCUACAGCUCAGCCAAGAUCAUUCUAGCGGAGUAUGAGCAGGAAAUGACCCAAAUUUGGCUCAGUCAGGACGUUAGCGUGGCGGACGCCUGCCUUGUGCAGCCAAUUUUGGCGUUGCAGGGUGACAGACUCGUUGUCAAUUUGCACCCCACCAUUCCGCUGCUUAUUCGCGAGAGCAAAUGUAUGGCCAAGAUGAAGAUCGACAUGCCAAUCGUAGCCGCGACGCUGCUCUGCAAGCAGAAUCACUUCAACACUAUUCAGGACUCGCUGAACAGUUUAAUUAAGAUGUUCUUGAACACGAUUAAAAAGGUAAAACUAGAAGUUCGACCUCUGCUGUUGCCACAGCUGGUGCGCUUAACGGCCAUGAUGAAACCAGGAUUGAAGUCGAUAAAUGUAAGUUUCUUGAGGCUCCAAUGAGAUAAUGCUUGGUGAAUAU